CCAUUUCUUUGACUAGGGAAUAGUAAUUUAAUCGUUGAAUGAAACUGUUACUUCGUAGCGAACACGCGUGAUUUUACGUAAUUUCUUAUCACGUAUGAGAGGGCACGCUCGACUUUCAAUAUGCUCUAAUUAUAUGUACAUGAUUAAUGCUGAUUUCGGGCGACUAUUGUGAUCAGCAGAACAUGCUGGAGAACAUUAUGCUACGAUACAAUGUCCAGUGUUGUCCAGUAGCUGCUACAUGUGUGAGAGAAUUUUUUGGCAAUUUGGAAUCAGUUUUCAACGUUUUUGGAAAUGUAUCUAACGUGAGAAAAUCUAUAACCUCCAAUCAUUGGGAGACCUUGGGAGCUCCGGCCAUUCAGUGCAAUAGAACCUGCACGGCUGCACGUCUGUUAGACCCCAAACGCUCGUCCGCUCUAGCUAAGGGAGUUAGUCGCAAACGAACCGCCCAAAGGAACGUCAUUAUUGGUCAGUGGGAGAAUUUGGUCGCAUGA